AAUUAUAAUAUCUUAAAUCCGAACUCGUUUCCGACACGCGGAUGACUAAUCAUGCGUCUUUUUCCGCCUCGAAUAUGCUGGGCCGUCCCUCUGUCAUUUCCGUCGAAAAGACGAGACAAUGUCAAUAUAAUACAAACGUUUGACUACUAUUCCCCAUCUGUUCCCAUCUUUUCCCACCCACUCAGCUUCCCUCGAGAAGCAGCGAAACCCUAUCAUCUGAACUGAACAAACCAGCAACAGAGAACCAUCGCAUAUGGAUUCCAUCAAUUUCUUCAAAGGUUAUGGCAAAAUCGACCACCUCGAAAAUCAAUCUGCCACCAGCGCCGGCGGCCGAAAGCGCCUCGUCACCACGCUCGCCGCCUCCUUCACUGCCAUCCUAACCCUCAUCCUCGCCUCCCUCUUCGUAGCUCUGAUCCACGAGUCCAACUCCGAGUCCGAUGAGACCCCCUCUCUCGCCCUCAACCCUGCUGACUCGAUCAAGGCCGUGUGCAGCGUCACCCGCUUCCCCGAUUCAUGCUUCUCCACCAUUUCCGCCGCUAAGACCGCUCCAAGAGCUGACCCCGAAGUCUUCUUGGCCAUCUCUCUUAAAAUCGCCAUCGACGAGCUCGCGAAGGUCGCUUCUCUGUCCAAAACGCUGGCUUCGAGGGUCAACGAUCCGCCGACCGAAUCGGCGUUGAGGGACUGCCGGGAUCUGUUCGCGGACUCACUGAGUCGACUCAACGAUUCCGCGUCGGCGAUGGGGGUUGCCCUCGGGGAGCCGAUGCUGACGGAGAAGAAGAUCAAAGACGCGGAGACGUGGAUCAGCGCAGCGAUCACGAGUCAGGGGACGUGCGUGGAUGGGUUGGAGGAGAUGAAAUCGACGGUUCUUGAUGAGGUCAGGGCUGCGGUGCGCAGGUCCACGGAGUACGCGAGCAACAGCUUGGCAAUCCUCGCAAAUAUUCAGACCCUACUCCGCAAGUUUGACCUCACCCUUCACUGAAGAUGUUCAGACACGUGGACGACCUCCAAAUGUCCAAGUUUCCUUCGCUAACAUACUAACACAUGGAUGACCUCUGGAUGCCCCUUUUGUUCAUAAUUACUUCGCAAGCACUCAUGGAGUAUCUAGAAGACAUUUCAGUGUGAGAAAGUCCCGAAUUGAGAUGCCAAAGCAAAUCCAAGAUGAAGACCCCUUGUGGGCCCCCCCCCACACAGUAUUGUGGGUCCCAUACAGUUCCAUAUUGGGUCCCACACGGUUGGGCCUCCCCUUUGACUUACUUUGUAUUAUUGCAAGAUAACUUAGCUUGCAGGUGUACUUAGUAAUUAUUCGGUCUAGUAAGUUGAAUUAUUUAAUAGGUUUAGUAAGUUGUAUUGAUGUCUUUAUUGUGUUUGAAAAUUGUGAGUGUGUUGAGAGUUGUGUGUCUCCCAUUCUUACAUGGGAAUUACUUGUGUGCAUUUAUUUUGUCCCCCCAUGCUAGCUUAGCUAGUUAUGUUUAUGUCUUCCCCUUCCCCAUGUGAAGUCUUUAUAUAUUUCCAUUGUAAUUGUUGUAAAAGCAGAGAGAGCUAGAGAAUAUAUUGUUAUCGAGUUAUAGA